AUGGAUCAACAAACUCUACCAACGACUGCUCCGGCGGUGGGCGCUGUGGCGUUCGACCCUAAGGAGCACCUUAUCUACAAGGAUACACCGGCGACCCAUACUAUGCGAGAGAUUGGUCAGCGCGAAGAUAUCGGUAUCUCACGUGUUGCUGUCACUGAGCCUUUCGCUCUAUUCUCUCCUGCAGCAAUUCAGAUCAUGCGUUCCGAGAUCGCCCAGCCCGAGGUGGUGCAGAAGCAUAGCUUCAGCAGCAACAUUGCGGCCAACCAGCUUCGUGGAUAUGCUCGGGAUUACGCCCCAUUCACCUACGCGGCUUGGAACCAUCCUGAGACAGCGGCCAUUGUUUCCAAGCUGGCCGGCAUCGAACUAGUUCCGUGGGGAGACUACGAGAUUGCACAUAUCAACCUUUCCUCCAAGUCCCAACAGCAGGUCGAGGCCGAGCUCAAGGAAUUUCACCAAGCCGAACAUGAUGCAGACGAGGGAAUCGAAGUGCAUGUCAAGGAGAAGCCAAUUGUCGGCUGGCACAAGGACUCAUACCCUUUUGUCUGCGUCCUGAUGAUGUCUGAUGUCACUGGCAUGAUCGGCGGCGAGACGGCUCUGCGCACUGCCAACAACGAAGUGAUCAAGGUCCGUGGUCCUAGCCAAGGUAGCGCAGUCAUCCUCCAGGGCCGCUACAUCACGCACCAGGCACUUCGUGCUGUGGGUGCAAAGGAGCGCAUCACUGCUGUCACGUCUUGGCGUCCUCGUUCACCUUUUACCCGCGACGAUUCUGAGCUACGCACAGUUCGAGGCAUCUCGGAUCUGAGCGAGCUCUACUAUGACUUUGCCCAGUAUCGACUGGAGAUUUUGGAGGCUCGCAUUCGCCACUCAGCUGAGGAGAUGCGUGCUCAUCGUAGGGAGGGCAAGAAGUUCAACACGACUAAUCACAAGACCCUUCUCAAGGAUCUGUAUGAAUUUCUAAAGCAUACUGACGAUGAGAUUGUUGAAGAGGAGCAGGUUCAGAAGGGUGCCGUUGAGGGCGAGGAAGACAUUCCAGAUGUCUAA